AUGGAGCGGAGGCGGGAUAACGCGCUGCCGCGCCCGGGCGCCCUCGCCGACCUGAAGGGCAAGACAGAAGCCAUCCCGUGCGUGAUCGGGGGAGAAGAGGUGUGGACGCCGACGGUGCGGUACCAGCUGUCGCCAUUCAAUCAUGCGCACAAGGUGGCCAAGUACUGCUAUGCUGACAAGGAGCUCAUUAACAAAGCCAUUAACGCUGCCUUGGCAGCGAGGAAGGAAUGGGACCUGAAACCUGUCCAGGAUCGAGCCCAGAUCUUCCUGAAGGCGGCUGACAUGCUGAGCGGCCCGAGGCGAGCAGAAGUGCUGGCCAAAACCAUGAUCGGGCAGGGUAAAACAGUCAUCCAGGCAGAAAUCGAUGCUGCUGCGGAGCUGAUAGACUUCUUCCGAUUCAAUGCCAAGUACGCCCUGGAGCUGGAGAACAGCCAGCCCAUCAGUGUGGAUGUCAGCACCAACAGCAUGGUCUAUCGGGGGCUGGAGGGUUUUGUGGCAGCCGUCUCUCCCUUCAACUUCACGGCAAUCGGCGGCAACCUGGCAGGGGCUCCAGCGUUGAUGGGAAACGUGGUUCUGUGGAAGCCCAGCGACACUGCUCUGCUCUCCAGCUACGCCGUCUACAAGAUCCUCCUCGAAGCCGGGCUCCCUCCGAACGUCGUGCAGUUCGUGCCGGCGGAUGGGCCCGUGUUUGGAGACACCGUCACGAGCUCCGAGCACUUCUGCGGGCUCAAUUUCACCGGCAGCGUGCCGACUUUCAAGCGGCUCUGGAAGCAGGUAUCCGAAAACCUGGAUCGCUACCGCAAUUUCCCACGCCUGGCUGGAGAGUGCGGCGGGAAGAACUUCCACCUGGUGCACAGCUCGGCUGACGUGGCCAGCGUGGUGAACGGGACCCUGCGCUCGGCCUUCGAGUACGGCGGCCAAAAAUGCUCGGCUUGCUCCCGCCUCUACGCCCCGGACUCGCUGUGGCCCCAGAUCAAAGAGAAACUGCUGGAGGAGCACGGGAAGAUCAAAGUGGGAGACCCCGCCCAGGACUUUGGGACGUUUUUCUCUGCGGUGAUUGAUGACAAGUCUUUUGCCCGGAUAAAGAAAUGGAUCGAGCACGCCAAGAAGUCGUCCAACCUCACCAUCCUGGCAGGAGGCGGCUGUGAUGACAGCGUUGGGUACUUCAUCGAGCCGUGCAUCGUGGAGAGCAAAGACCCCCAGGACCCCAUCAUGAAGGAGGAGAUUUUUGGCCCAGUUCUCACAGUGUACGUCUACCCCGAGAAGCGGUACAAGGAGGUCCUGGAGCUCAUCGACACCACAACGCCCUACGGCCUCACGGGGGCACUCUUCGCCCAGGAGAAGAGAAUCGUCGAUGAAGCCAGGAGCCUUCUGCGCAAUGCGGCUGGCAACUUCUACAUCAAUGAUAAGUCGACAGGCGCCGUCGUGGCUCAGCAACCCUUCGGAGGCUCCCGCAUCUCAGGCACCAAUGACAAACCUGGUGGCCCCCACUACAUCCUGCGCUGGACGUCUCCCCAGGCCGUCAAAGAAACGCACGUGCCCCUGACGGACUGGCGCUACGCCUACAUGCAGUGAUGCCUUCCCCCCGCCCCGGUACUACUGAGACUCAACGCACAG